GAUCAAUAUCUGAUAUCAUUCGAAUCAUGUCGUCGACGAGAAAGAUCACCCUCAAGAGCUCGGACGGAGAGGCGUUCGAGGUGGACGAGGCGGUGGCGCUGGAAUCGCAGACGAUCAAGCACAUGAUCGAGGACGAUUGUGCCGACAGCGGCAUCCCUCUCCCCAACGUCACCAGCAAGAUCCUUGCGAAGGUCAUCGAGUACUGCAAGAAGCACGUCGAGGCUGCGAACGCCGAAGAGAGGCCUAACGAGGAAGACCUCAAGACCUGGGACGCAGAUUUCGUCAAGGUUGACCAGGCCACCCUCUUCGAUCUCAUCCUGGCUGCGAACUACUUGAACAUCAAGAGCCUGCUGGAUCUCACAUGCCAAACUGUGGCAGACAUGAUCAAGGGGAAGACUCCUGAGGAAAUUCGUAAGACAUUCAACAUCAAGAAUGAUUUCACUCCGGAGGAAGAGGAGGAAGUUCGUCGGGAAAACCAAUGGGCAUUUGAAUGAUUUGUUAAGCUUUUUAACAGUGUCUUCAAAUCUCUGCCUGUGCUUUUGUUUUGCUUGUCAAAGAUCUGCCAUGUGCAUUGAUCCUAUGCUUAUGGUUGUUUGCCUUUUAUCUAUCUGACUAUUUUUGUUGACUAUGUUCAGGGAUCACAUG